UUUUAGCUCGCUUCUGUCUGUCUGUUCUCAGAAAUUUUUUGAUUUACUCGUUAUUUUUUUUCUCUAUAUAAAUUUAAAAAUUCAGAAUAUGUCUACAUCAGCACUGCCGGAUGGGUGGAAACGAGAGGAAGUUAAACGUACUAAUGGAUUGACCAUCAAAACAGAUGUUAUCUAUGUCAGUCCUGAAGGACAACGUAUCAAAUCAAAAGCGGAGCUAGCCAAAUAUCUUGGCCAAACAAUCGAUUUAUCGUCAUUUGAUUAUCGUUCGGGCAAGAUUAAUCCAUUGCUAUUACGAAAAAGUAAAAGAUCCUAUGGUGUACAUGAUCAUCGUGCACUAAAACAUGAUCCAACUACGAUAAAUCCAGUUCGACAAACGAAUCCUUUUUUCAAACAUCCAGUUACCAUCGUGAGGACAAAUACCAGCAAUUCUAAAGUAUUAAAUCUACAACAUAUUAAAGAGAUACGUCGUAAGCAUAAUCUAAGCUUUAAUGAACCGAAAUCCGAUAACAACAAUGAACGACCUUUUCAAAUGUUUUGGCCACGAAGAUUGGAAGGACAACGAGCAUCGAAUCAUGCACUUGAACGUCUUGACGAUUUUCAAUUACCACCAAAUAUUCGAACAUUCAAUUCAACAUUGGCUAAUAACGAAGACAUUUUCCGUACAAUAACCGCUAAUCUAUACAAUGAUCAGCGAGCUAUUCGUGGUCAAGAACGUAAAAUUAUUAAUCGUAUUCGUCGUGAAAUGGAUGAAGAGGAUGUAAUGAGAAAUCUAUUGGCAUUCAUUAAUCCACAUCAACCAUUAUCACAUACGAUUACAAUUACCGAUCAGGACAUAAUACAACAGGAAGAAGUGGUACGAAAAUAUCGUCGAAAAUUACGCGAUGCAAUCAAUCGAUAAUAAAAAAAAAUAAGAAAAACAACAAACCACCCAUAUAAACUAAAUGUUGUAUAAAAAAUUAUUUUUUACUUCAUUGUAAAUGUAAAUAUAAAUGUAUGUACCCUACAAACAUUUGUAGUAAAGACAAAUUAUCAUUUCAGAAAAAAAACAACACAAAAAAAUCCAAUCAAAAACACAUCUUAUUAUGAAUCUAACAAUUUUUUCUGGCUUUUAUUUAUCAAAUACAUUUUUUUCAGUCA